AUGCUUCCUAUCUCAAUUAUUAAAGGCUCUAUCGCAUUGGCCGGCCUCCUUUUCCAGCCGGACAAGAUAAAUGGUACUUUGCCAGGCCUGGUGGUCGUCCACCCUGCAGGAGGCGUCAAAGAGCAGGUUGCUGGUCUCUACGCUGAAAAGCUCUCUCAGCAAGGCUACGUCACCGUCGCUUACGACGCCGCUCACCAAGGCGACUCUGGGGGCCUGCCGCACUUCCUGGAAGACCCCAACUCCAGGGUCACGGAUAUUUCCGCAGUAGUCGACUACCUCGAGAAACUUGACUAUGUCGACCCUGACCGUAUCGCUGUGGUUGGUAUCUGCGCUGGUGGAGGAUACGCAGCUGCCGCUGCCAAGGGUGACCACCGCUUGAAAGCUGUUGCCAUAGCCAGCGCGGUGAACAUGGGCGAUACUGUCCGUGAAGGCUGGCUUGGAAACGAGGAGGGAGCUGAAAAGUUGGCGAUUCUCGAACAGAUCACUGGACCAAUUCAAGCAGAGUCCAAUGGCACCGAAGCCGAAUACACCACCUACGUCCCCACAGUUCCAAAUGAAGACACGCCGUACGACCUCAGAGAGGCGUCCGAAUAUUACCUUACACCACGAGCUCAGCACCCUAAUGCCCAGAACAAGAUGCUUCUCAGAUCUCAACCACUCGUCCUGAACUUCGAUUCAUGGAACUUCGCCGGACAGUAUCUUACGCAACCCACCCUUAUCAUUUAUGGCGACCUAGCGGGGAGCAAGUGGCAGUCCGAGAGGCUCUACAACAUUCUAGAGGGCAACAACACUGCGGUCAGGCGGCGUGUAUUUCCAGGUGGUCGCCACAUGGACUUCUACGACAAUGAAGCAUACGUCAACCCAUCUGUUAAGGAAAUUGCCAAGUUCCUCCGGAAGAUUUAA